AGGUCGAGGCGCGGGGCGCGUCCGCGCGGCGGGGAUUGGGCGGGCUGAAGGCAGAAGAUGGCGACGCCGGGGAGUAGGCAGCCUGUCGUUUGUCAGCGCGGCGGCAGCAUCCCGCGGCCCCUGAGGAGCGCCGAGGCGCGCUCCCGCUUCAUCGAGGGCUCCAUCGUCAAGAUCUUCAUGGAGAACUUUCUAACAUAUGACAUCUGUGAAGUACGUCCAGGACCCAAUUUGAACAUGAUUGUAGGUGCGAAUGGAACGGGAAAGUCAAGCAUUGUUUGUGCCAUCUGCCUGGGACUGGCUGGAAAACCUUCUUUCAUAGGGAGAGCUGAUAAGGUUGCUCUUUUUGUAAAGCAGGGGUGCUUGAAGGCUGUAGUAGAAAUUGAACUGUUUAAGCCACCUGAAAAUAUCAUUAUAACACGUGAGAUUCAUGUGGUGAAUAACUCAUCAGCAUGGUUUAUCAACAAAAAGCCAACAACCCUGAAAACAGUAGAAGAGCAGAUUGCAGCCUUAAACAUCCAGGUGGACAAUUUGUGCCAGUUUCUUCCUCAGGACAAAGUUGGAGAAUUUGCAAAACUGAGUAAGAUCGAGUUGCUUGAAGCCACCGAAAAAUCUAUUGGUUCUCCAGAAAUAUACCAAUAUCACUGUGAACUGAAGAACUUCAGAGAAAAGGAAAGAGAACUGGAGAACUUGUGCAGAGACAAAGCUAUUGCAUUGGAGAAAAUGAGACAGAGGGUUGAAAGAUACAAACAAGAUGUUGAGAGAUACCAUGAGCGCAAGCGCCAUCUAGACUCAAUUGAGAUGCUUGAAAGGAAAAGGCCUUGGGUGGAAUAUGAAAAUGUUCGUCAGCGGCAUGAGGAAGUAAAACAAAGCCGAGAACAAGCCAAGGAAGAACUGAAGAGUCUGAAAGAAAAGCAGUCCCCAGUCACAAAAAAAAUCCAAGAAACUGAAGAAUAUUUUGAGUCUCUGGAUAAGAAAAUCAGAGAUAAGGCUGCUGAAAUCAAAGACACUUCUCAAAAAUGUAAACAGAAGCAAGAUGCUUUGGAAAUGAAAGAUAAGCAAAUUGAAGAAAUUAAUCAAGCUUUGAGAAUGAAAAAAUAUGAAGAAAUGGACAGAAAGAGGAAAAUACAGAACACUCAGAAGGUGAUAGAGGACUGGAAGAAUGAGCUCAAUACAAUAGCAGACUGUGAAAAUCUUCAGCCACAAAUUGAUGCUGUUAACAAUGAACUGAAAAAAUUACAAGAAGAAAGGACAAAUAUUGAUAUUGAUAUCAGUGAUCUAACAGCACAGAAAAUGAACCAAGAGAGGGAGAUGAAAAGAAUAAUUGAUCGCCUUGGACAACUUAAUAAUAUAAUGAAUAUGAAGGAAGAGAAUCUUAAAGUGAGAUUCCGAGACACCCACUCUGCUCUUAUGUGGCUAAGACAGAACAAAGACAAAUUUAAAAAAAGAGUUUGUGAACCCAUGAUGCUCGAAAUCAAUAUGAAAGACAAUAAACAUGCUAAGUAUGUUGAAAAUCACAUUUCAGCCAAUGACAUGAGAGCUUUUGUUUUUGAAAGUCAAGAAGAUAUGGAAGCGUUUCUUGUGGAGAUACGUGAUCAUCAGAAACUAAGGGUUAAUGCGGUAUGUGCUCCUGCUGCAUCAUGUGCUGAAAGUUUACCUUCAAGACCUAUUGAAGAAUUAUGCCGAUAUGGAUUUUUCUCAUAUUUACGAGAGUUAUUUGAUGCUCCUCAUCCUGUGAUGAGUUAUCUUUGCGCCCAGUACCGUAUUCAUGAUGUCCCUGUGGGAACAGAGAAGACCAGAAACAUGAUUGAAAGGGUCAUACAGGAAACCAAACUUAGGCAAAUAUACACAGCAGAAGAAAAAUACAUUGUUAAAGUAUCUGCUUAUACAAACCUGACCCUCUCUACUAACUCAUCCCUGAGGACAGCACAGUUUCUGACUAGUUCAGUGGAUACAGAUGAAAGAAGACAAUUGGAAAAUGAACAACAGGACAUCAAUAACAGGAUAAAGUCAUUGGAUAUGCGUUUGACUACACUGUUUGCGAGACAGAAACAGCUGGAACACAGGGACAAUGAGCUCAGGCAACAGAAGAAGGAGCUUUUUGAGAGAGGAAACAAGAAGAGACAGUUGGAAUCAAAAAUUGGUGUGAAGUAUGAUAGUUUAAGACAGCUAGAACAAGAUGCUAUCAACCUAGAGAAGGAGUCUCAACAGGCAAAUGCAAAGAUCAAAGAAAUAAAUAUCCAGAAAGUAAGACUUGUUACUGAAUUAAUGCAUCUCGUAAAGAAUUGCAUAUCACUGAACAUCCUCAAAGCAGAUUUGGUUCUUCAGAGCACUGCGGUGGCUGCUGAGAAGAACAGACUAGAAUCAGAGUAUAAAGCAGCAAGCGUACAGCUAAGAACUUCCGAGCAACGGUUUCGUGAACUGGAUGAUAUGAAGCGAGUUCUUACAGAGAACUGCAAGGAACUGCUGAACAAAGCUCGACAGGUCUGCAAACUGAGUCCAGAUCAACAUCUUCCAAAGGAAUUUCAAAUUGCUUUUCAGGCCCUUCCGAACACGUUGGAGGAAAUCGAUGCUUGUCUGAAUGAGGAGAGAACCAGGGCCUCCUGUUUCACAGGCCUGAAUGCUUCGGUUGUUGAAGAUUACAAUAAGCAGACAGAAGAAAUACAGCAGCUGACAGAAUUUUUAGAGAAAAAGAAAAAUGAAUUGGAUACCUAUAAGCAAAACAUUUCCAAGGUCAAAGAAAGGUGGCUAAACCCCUUGAAAAGUCUGAUUGAACAAAUUAAUGAGAAGUUCAGUAGCUUCUUUAGUUCUAUGCAGUGUGUUGGUGAAGUUGAUCUUCACGUGGAAAAUGAGGAGGAGUAUGACAAGUACGGGAUUCGCAUUAGAGUCAAAUUCCACAGUAGCACUGAACUUCAUGAAUUGACUCCAUUUCAUCAGAGUGGAGGUGAGAAGAGUGUUUCCACUAUGUUGUACCUGAUGUCCCUACAGGAGCUCAACAAAUGCCCUUUCAGGGUUGUAGAUGAAAUUAACCAGGGAAUGGAUCCAAUUAAUGAGAGAAGAGUUUUUGAAAUGGUUGUGAAAACUGCUUGUAAAGAAAGCACAUCUCAGUACUUCCUUAUUACACCAAAGCUCCUGCGGAAUCUCACUUACAAUGACAAGAUGACAGUGUUGUUUGUCUACAAUGGACCUUUUAUGUUGGAUGCAGACAAAUGGAACUUGAAGUCUUUCUGUAAGCGGCGGCGGCGACUUGGAAGGAUGGAUGAUGAACAGUGAUACAGAUAUAUAUAUAUAUAUAUAUAUACACUUAAUGUAUGAUAUAUAAUGCUUUUCUAGAACUUUUGGGAACAUCUGAUUUUCAAGACUUCAGAAAUUGUGAAAGAUGAGAACCUGCAAAGAAUUGGUUGUUGUUUAAACUACACGAUUUUUUUCCAAAUCUUUCAUAGUGGCCUGUUUGCCAAAGAACCAACUUUUUGUCAAUAGUAGUUUUAAAUAAAAGGGAAGCUCCUUA